UUUGGUUCUCCAAAUUAAACAGAAGACUCCCCCAAUUACAUAUACAUGGCCAAAGAUCUUUGGAAGAGAUAUCAGGUGAGCAUGAGCAAGAAGAUGAGCUUGGAAAUGAGGGCUUUAUAACCUCAAUUUUGGAUUGCAUAAUGGGAUUGGAGCAUCUAUUUUGGAAGGAGCAACCUCCUCUAUACUAUAGUGAACAAAACCCUUCCCAAUAUGCAUACCCAAACCAAGGAUAUGGUGGAUUUCAUCUUGAUUAUACACCUCCGCCACCAUAUACCUAUGAUCCAUACCCCAAUAUAACCCUCAAUCACCAUGUUUUCAAACACCACACCACCACCACCAUACACCUUCUUACAUAUCACCUCAAGAUACUCAUCAACAUGCACUACCUCCCACAUAUCCAACCUUCUUCCCAACUAAUGAACCUUGCCUCUUACCUAAUUGUGAAGUUUUUCAACCCUUGGCCCAAGAACCACAAGACUUUCAAGCCUUUCUCCAAGAGCAAGAAGGAUUCCGAAGGACACAAGGGCACUUCAUGGCUACCAUAGGCGAAGCGGUAAACCGCUUAAUCCUCCUACGCUCAUCCGAUCAAGGCAUUCCUCUUGAGGAAUAUGAGGGAUCAACCAAUGAAUGUAGUGAAGAAUAGAGCAUGGAGUCACAAGAGAAAGAAGAAGGGUUAGAGCUUGAAGUGCAACAAAAGGAAGAAAGUGAAGUAUGUGAACCGGAGGAGAGAAAGGGAGAAUUGGGAGAGACUGAUCAAGAUGAGGAUUCCAUCAUAGAUGAUUUUUUGUCCUCCUUGGUCAAUCCCCUCAAUGAGCCUAAUGAGCCUCUUUCCAUUGAGUUUGAGGGACACAUGGAGGUAGACUUCUCACAACAUCCUUGUUAUGACUUGAGUGAUGGGGAAGAGAAAGUUGGUGAGGAAGCAACUCCGUUCCAAGAACAUAUCGAGUGGGUGGCAAUUUCACCAUUGAGUUUCAUUGGCCUCCAUCAAUAUGCUAUCUUGGAGACGGAUUACCAACUCAAGGUCCUUCUUGGAUUAUUACAUGGUGAAAAAAGAAGUGUGGGUUGCCGAAGGAGUCCAAGGCUCAUUAAGAAAGCCAAUUCAAGCUUUGGGAUUCAAGCAUGGUGUGAAGCACGAUUCAGUGAUUUACGGAGAGUGUUGGGGUACUUCAAGGGUCAAUUAGGAGCUUGUCCGUCCGUCUUGGAGCAUAAAAAUCCGCAAAAAGGAGAACGGAAAACUCGGAUAUGGGAUCCCAGAGGAGCUUUAAAGUGCAAGCUUGGAUGGAGGUUCAAGGAGGAGUGGAAACACAAGCCAUCCUAGCAAGAGUCUCCUCAAAAAAGUCCAACUUAGGACUAUAAACCAAAGUGUUAGGUGGGAGACACCCCGCCAUGGUAACAUCUUUCUUACCAUUUCUCCUUGUUUAUAGUUUGAUUUUCUUGCAUCUUUGCUUGUUUUAGUUAGCUUAGAAUUAGUUUAAUUUGAGUAGAUAGGUUAAUUUUGUAUAUGGAUAAUGAAUGUUUGAGUUUUUGAAUGUUGUGGGGUUGAACUUUGAUUGGGCUAAGGUAAAGUGCCUUAGAAUUUGAAAAUUUUUUUUUGGGAAAAAACAGGGCAUGUGUGUACGCACACUAUCCUGCAUGCCUCCUGUUGGGAGCGCUCGCACGCUAUGUGUGCGCGCAUCUCCCUCUGUUUUGCGCUCUGUGCGUGCGCACCACCAUGUGAGUACGCACACGUCCUUACACUCCCUUUGGUGGAAGCGGUUGCACACCCUAUGCGUGUGAACCCUUACCCCUUUUCGCUUCUGUGCGCACACGGAUUCGUGCGCGCGCACGGAUCAUUGUGCGCACGCACGCAUGAUCCUUGUCUAAAAAAAAAAGUGUU